AUGUCCGACGCGGAACAUGCCGCGCCGGCGGCUUCGGAGAAGCGCAGCGGCAACGAGAACGACGGCGGCGACAAGACGAAGGACAAGAGGCCGGGCUGGCCGCUGUGGAAGAAGCUCGCCGUCGCUGGGGCCAUCUUUCUGGUCGUCGUCGGCCUCGCAGUCGGUCUCGGCGUGGGACUAACACGCAGCCGCGGCGGCGGCGACAGCGACAGCAGCGACGACGAGAAACGCGACGGCGGCGCUCCUCCUCCUCCAAGCAACGGGACCGGCUCAUCGCGCAGCUCCGUCUGGCGCCCCAAGGCGGGCACGAGCUGGCAGAUUGUGCUCAAGAACCCCGUCGACCUGGGCUCUGGCGGCGGAGGCAGCGGCGUCACGCCGGACGUGGACGUCUACGACCUGGACAUGUACGAGAACUCGGCGGCGACAUUUCAGAAGCUGCACGGGGCGGGGAAGAAGGUCGUGUGCUACUUCAGCGCGGGGUCGUACGAGGACUGGCGCGCGGAUAAGGGGGAGUUUAAGGACGUGGACUUGGGGAAGCCGCUGCGUGGGUGGGCGGGGGAGAGGUGGUUGAAGCUGGGGAGCGAGAAUGUGAGGCGCAUCAUGAGCAAGAGGGUCGAGUACGCGGCGCAAAAGGGGUGCGACGCCAUUGACCCGGACAACGUGGACGGCUACCAAAACGACAACGGGCUGGGCCUCACAGCCAACGACACCAUCUCCUUCGUCACGUUCCUGCAGGCCGAGGCGUCGCGGCACAACAUGUCCAUGGGGCUCAAGAACGCGGCCGGCAUCAUCCCGGAGGUGCUGCACCUGUGCGACUUUAGCGUCAACGAGCAGUGCGUCGAGGAGGGCGAGUGCGAGUCCUUCGCGGCGUUUGUGGCCGCGGGGAAGCCCGUCUUCCACAUCGAGUACCCGGACGGCGUGGACGGCGAGAACGCGGCGGGCGGCAAGAUUUUGAAGGCAGCGGCGGAGGAGAUUUGCGGGCGCAAGGGCAAGGCCAAGGGCGCGGAGGGGUUCAGCACGGUGAUGAAGAGGAUGGAGCUGGACGGCUGGGUCGAGUACUGCGAUGGGAAGGUGGAGCAUCCCGCCGAGGAGGCCUACGUCACAGGCACUUUUGACAACUGGCAAAAGACGGUCAAGCUUGAGAAGAGCGACGGCGUCUUCCAGAAGACGGUGGACAUUGCGCACCCUUCGCACAAGAUCUACUACAAGUUUGUUGUCGACAACAACUGGACCAUCAACGAGUCCUCGCCUCACGAGCCAGACAGCGACGGCAACGUCAACAACUUCCUGACCCAGGCCGACCUCGAGCACCCGAGCUUCAGCAGCUCCAUCCUCAACACCGUCACCCCCGAGUCCACCACCGUCGCAAUGGCCGGCAAGAAGAACAACAAGAAGAAGCAGCAGCAGAAGGCCCAGCAGGCCGCGGCGGCCACCAAGCCUGCCGAGACCGCGCCCGCCGAGACCGCUGCCGCCGCCCCUGUCGCCGCCGAGGUGGUCCCCGUUGAGGCUGCGACCGCCGAGCCUACGGCUGCGGCCGCCACCACUGCCGCUGUCGUUGAGCCCGUUGUUCCCGUUGCCGCCGAGAGCAGGGAGGACACUGCCACGCCGUCCAUCGUCCCCGGCGGCUUCCCUGAGACCCCGGCCAACGAGGAGGACAAGACGGUCAGCGUCAACCCCCUGCCCGCUGCGCCCGGUGCUGUCAACCCCAUCACCCUGGAGCCCGGCGAGAAGAUUCCCCAGGGCGUCGCCGCGCAGGGCGUCAACGACAACGUCAAGCUCGACAAGGAGUCGUACGAGAAGAGCGAUGCGCUCCCCGGCGUCGUCGCGACUGACCUGCCGCCCGUCUCCAAGAACACCAUCCCCGAGUCCAGCCUGCCAAUUACCAGCAACAAGGAUGCCACCAUCAACACCGUUGGCCCUGGCGCCACCACCGCUGCCCUGGCUGGCCAGGUUCCGCUCGAGUCCAAGGACGCCAAGGUCCCCGAGGUCGUCAAGGAGAGCCAAGAGAAGGCCGGCGUCGCCCCCGAGGCCUCAGCCGUCCCGGAGGAGGUCAAGGAGAAGGCCGCAGUUGAGGAGGAGCUCAAGAGCAAGGUUCAGGAAGCUCCCGGAACCUCCGAGGGCCACGCUGGCGUCGGCGCCGAGAAGCAAGAGAACACCGGUCUGAUCGCCGGAGCUGCUCUCACUACCGGUGGUGCUGUUGCUGCUGCGGCCAUUGCUGCCAAGGACAAGGUCGCCGAGACUGCUGGCCCCACCGUUAACAACGCCGCCGCCGCCGCCACCGACGCCGCCAACAAGAACCUGCCUGACUCCGUCAAGGCCCAGCUGCCCGAGGCGGCCCAGAACCACCUGGCCGCUCAGUCCAAGGAGACCACCCUGGAGGAGGUCUCCCCUCAGGUGCCCGCCGAGGUCAAGGAGUCGCUCACCGAGGCUGGCAAGAGCCCUGAGGCGGCUGCCAACACCGAGGCCGUUGUUGAGAAGAAGCAGGUCGAGUCCGAGCUGCUCAAGGAGGUCAAGUCGGUGCCCGCCGUCGACGAGACCAAGCCCGCCGCUGCCGCGGCCUCCGAGACCAAGCCUGUCGCUGCCAAGGCCCCCGAGACUAAGCCCACGGAGACGGCGGCGACACAGGGCAAGGCUACCGAGGCGAACCCCGAGGCUGCCAAGGCCGAGGCCGUCAAGGCCGGUGCUGCCAACGGUGCCAACGGCACAGAGACGAAGCCCGCCGAGGCCAGCCAGCCCGCCUCCGCGCAGGCCAAGAAGAAGAGCCGCCUGAGCACCAUCUUCAGCAAGCUCAAGGAGAAGCUCAAGUAA